CCCCGAGCCGCCCCCUUCUCGGCCGCCGCGGGGGCAGCAUGAGCGCGGCCAAGCCCAAGCGCAUCAAGUUCUCCGAGGAGGAGAAAUUCCUCAUCCUGGAGGAGUUCAGCCUGCGCAAGGACAUCCUGAUCCCCAAGAGCGGCCGCUACAAGAACACGCUGGACCGGCAGCGGGCCUGGGAGGAGAUCGCGGCCGCCGUCAACUCGCUGAGCCCCCUGGUGCAGCGCACCCCCGACGAGAUCCGCAAGAAGUGGCACAACAUGGUCAUCGACGCCCGCAAGGAGCUGGCCAUGGAGAAGCACCCGCUGCUCCGCCAGAGGCCCCAGGAGAAGCUGUUCCACAACAUCUUUGCCCUCUUCAACAAGCCCAGCCCGCAGCUGCCGGACCCGCUGCUCUCGGGGUCGUCCUUCAGGGUGACGGCGGCCGGGGUCCCGCCGGGGCCGCCCGCGCCCCUCUGCGUGGCCGGGGGGAUGCUGGAGGUCGCCCCGGACUUGCUGCUGCACGGCCAGAGCGGUGCCGCUGCCCCAGCCCGCAGGAUGCUCGGCGCCGUGGGCACCCCCGGCCCCGCUCCCGAUGGCUUCCUCAGCGCCCCCGGCGCAGAGCCCGACUCCAAGGAGAGCUUGCUGCCGGCAGGCCCGCAGCCCAGCGUGGAGAAGAGACUGCUGCCCCCCGGCAUGGCAGCCCCCGGUCCUGCCUCGCCGCAGGGCACGGCGCCGGUGCUGCCGUCCAGCUCCCCCGACCCCCCCCGGAUCAAGUGCCCACUGAGCCCGGCGCUGGCGUGGCCGUGCCUCGGCGUGACGGCGAGCCCAGCAGUGCAGAGCGGGGACAGCCCCGGCCCCCCGCCCUCCCAGGAGAACGGUGAGGCAGCUCGACGGCACCGGCCGAGCCCCUGCUGGGGCCGCAGGGCUGCAGCCACACAGCCCGGGAGGUGUCGGAGAAGCAGAGCCGGCUGCACACGGAGAUCCUGGAGCUGCAGAAGGAGACCCUGCAGCUGCAGAAGGAGAAGAUCCUGCUGGAGAAGGAGAAGCUCCUCUUGGAAAUCAUCAAACUCCGCAGGGAGCUGGGCACGUGAGGGUGCUGUGGGCACUGGGGCGGUGCGGGGCAGCUGCCCCCACAGUGGGGACGGGGACGGGGACAAGCUGCUCAUCCGGCAAUGGGCACUGGGAUACCUUUAGCCCCUGCCUGCUACGGGGUGGGGAUGGUUCCUCUGGGAGCAAUGUCCCACGGCCACGAUCCGCCAGCCCGUUCUUCCGGGGGAUACGGGACAUUUCGGUGCACCCCGGGCGUUGGCAUGGGGCCCACCGGUCCCUGCAGACACCUGUGGCUGAAUAAAGGUGAGCUCUGCGGGAUGA